AAGUGGGGCUCUCGUUUUUGAACCAAGCCUGGCUUCUCUCGAUCAUUUCCAUCUCCGCCGUGGAUCUUCCUCCCCAUGCACGUCGGCGGACGCCAUUGCUGCGGCAGUUGAGCUUCCGCUGCUUAACUGAGGCCCUAUGUCGACGCAUGGGGCGGAGAAGCUCGCAUCGUUGUUACUGCUCCUCCUCUCCCUUGGCCGUGGCGGAGCUCAGGAGUCGGCGCCGACGGCCGUCAAGUUCACGCCGGCGGAUAACUACCUGAUCGACUGCGGCUCCCCGAAUAGCACCCAGCUCGGCGAUGGCCGUGUCUUCCGGUCCGAUCCCCAGUCGACGUCCUUCCUUUCCACCGAUCGGGAUAUCAUGGUCUCUGCCGCCGGCGACGGCGUCGGUGCUACUCCGAUUCUGCCGUUGUUCCUCAAUGCCCGCGUCUUCACAGAUCGUUCUUCCUAUAGCUUUGAUGUCUCCAAGCCUGGCCGCCACUGGCUCCGCCUCUACUUCUACGCCUUCGCCUGCGCCGGCUACAACCUCACCUCCUCUGUUUUCGCCGUCCAAACCGACGAAGUAGUUCUCCUCUACGACUUCAGCCCGGAGUCCCCAGUCGUCAAGGAGUACCUACUCGCCGUCGCCGAUGACCGCGUCUCCCUCGUUUUCGUCCCCAAGAAGGGCUCCCUUGCCUUCAUCAACGCCAUAGAGGUCGUUUCGGCGCCGGACAACCUCAUCGCUGACUUCGCCCAUGGCAUCGCCCCUGCCGCUCAGUUCCGCGGCGUGUCUGAGUUGGACCUCGAGGUCGUCUGUCGACUCAACGUCGGCGGGCCGUCGAUCUCACCGGCGAAUGACACGCUGGGGAGGACGUGGCUUCCCGACGGCCCGUUCCUGAAAGUCCCCGCCGCCGCUCAGAGCGUGGCAGUGCCGACCCAGGCAGUGAGGUACGCCGACGACGGGUCGGUAACGCCGCUGAUCGCUCCGAGCACCGUCUACGCCAGCGCCGACGCGAUGGCGAACUCGAACACGGAGGAUCCCAGCUUCAACAUCUCGUGGCUGGUGCCCGCCGACGCGACGUUUUCAUAUCUUGUUCGAUUGCACUUCUGCGACAUCGUCAGCCAGAGCCUCAAUUCGCUCUACUUCAACGUGUACAUCAACGAGCUGUUGGCCGCCUCAACAUUCGACCUGUCGUCGCUGACCUCCGGCCUCGCCAUAGCCUACUACAAGGACUUUGCGGUCAACGCCACCACCAUCACCAACGGAACCCUUCUCGUGCAGGUAGGGCCGCUUCCCGACUCCGGCGGGGCCCCGCCCAACGCCAUACUCAAUGGCCUCGAGGUCAUGAAGAUGAGCAACGCGGCAGGGAGCUUGGACGGGCAAUUUGCGGUCGACGGGUCCACCAAGGGCGUCGCGAUGAUGGUGGUAUCAAGGGUCGGGCUUGGGUUGGGCGCGUUAACCUUGGCCGCGGCGGCGGCGGCGGCAUUAUACCGGUCUAGGAAGCGGCCGGAAGAAUGGGAGAGGAAGAACAGCUUCUCGCCGUGGUUCCUUCCGCUCCAUGCGGGCCAGUCGAGCUUCAUGAGCAAAAGCAGCAGCAGCAGCAAGAUCCGGAGCUUCCGGAGCCGCUUUGGAUCAAACAGGAGCAGGAGCGGCUACUCCGGCGUGUUCUCCUCCGGCAGCAUAGGCGUGGGUAGGAUUUUCACCUUCGCCGAGAUACGGGAGGCCACCAAGAACUUCGACGAGAAGGCCGUGCUGGGCGUCGGCGGAUUCGGGAAGGUUUACCUCGGCACGCAGGACGACGGCACGAAGCUGGCGAUCAAGCGAGGUAAUCCGUCGUCGUCUCAGGGGAUCAACGAGUUCCAAACAGAGAUCCAGCUUCUGUCCAAGCUCCGGCACCGGCACCUGGUGUCGCUCAUCGGCUGCUGCGAUGAGAACAAUGAGAUGAUCCUGGUGUACGAGUUUAUGGCCAACGGGCCUCUGCGCGACCACCUCUACGGAGCGGACGCCGCCAAGAGCCUGCUCUCGUGGAAGCAGCGACUGGAGAUCUGCAUCGGCGCCGCGAGGGGGCUUCACUACCUCCACACCGGCGCCUCGCAGGGCAUCAUCCACCGCGACGUCAAGACCACCAACAUCCUGCUUGACGAGAACCUAGUCGCGAAGAUGGCCGACUUUGGGCUGUCGAAGGCGGCUCCGUCGCUGGAGCAGACGCACGUAAGCACCGCCGUGAAAGGCAGCUUCGGGUACCUGGACCCGGAGUACUUUCGGCGGCAGCAACUGACGGAGAAAUCGGACGUGUACUCCUUCGGGGUGGUGCUGUUCGAGGUGCUCUGUGCGCGGCCGGCCAUAAACCCGGCGCUGCCGAGGGAGCAGGUGAAUCUAGCGGAGUGGGCGAUGCACUGCCACCGCAAGGGGCAGCUGGAGAGCAUCAUCGACCCGCAUUUGGCCGGCGCCAUCAACGCCGCCUCGUUGAAGAAGUACGUGGAGGCGGCGGAGAAGUGCCUGGCCGACCACGGGGCCGACCGGCCGACCAUGGGCGACGUCCUCUGGAACCUCGAGUACGCGUUGCAGCUGCAGGACGCCAUCAUGGAACACCCCGAAGAAGGGCAAGAGAAGGAGGACUCCGAUUCCUUAAGCAAAGGAGACGAAGGAUACGCCAUGAUCAACGAUAACUCUGCCCCCAUUGCUGGCCCACUGUUUCAAGGGAGGUGAACUCUUCUAACCAGAUUUUACACGAAGAACGCAGAAGAAUUCUUUUUUUGGUCUUUGUUUUUGUUUUUGUUUUUGUUGUGUGAAUAUCAACACUACGUAAUUUGCUUGAUUUACAUAUUUAUUUCUUGUCUGGUUGUCUUUAUUUUCCAAAUGAUCAGGCACUGUGUUGCUUGUGUUCUUAUCUUUUGUUUCAACUCAUUUAGAAUCAUUAUUGAACAAUUCGCAAUAACAAAACUUGGAU